AUGCCGGGAUUGACGGUUUUACUUCGGACGGAGAAAGCUCUCGUCGCAGCUCUGCAGCGUCACAUGGAGCUUUGUGGCAACACAUGGCGACGCGUCGCACUCAUCUCUCCUCCAGAGCACCUCGAUCUCCGCGAUGAACCGUCAUUUACAUCGAGAGCUCGCUCUAGCGAACGGGUACUGCUCAACUUUUUAAGGAUCUCGGUACUUCAAUUCACAGCUGACGUUCUUCGAAUCAUUCGCUGCCCCCGUCCGCUAGUCGAGAAUGAUCGUCUGCUUGCAUGGCCCACAGAAGAUGAUGUAGACGGCGCAGCAGCCAAUGUGUGCAGACUCCAGAACGCGUACGGCCUGACGGCUGCGGACGCCCUCACGACACUGUGCUCUCCGAUCCUUCGCAAUCUGUUAUCGCCGGGCGACGCCCUGUCGCUGGGCGUCCACUGCUCCCGGAGCGAACGUUCAGCAGCCUCUGCUUGGGUCGAACUUGGAGAGGACCAACGCUACACCGAUUUCUUCUAUUACCACCUUCCAGAGAUGGAAUAUUCGGCGCCGAAGGCGAAUUCCACAUCCUGGCAGGCCGUCGUACGUCGGCCGCCAGAGACUCCCGCAAUGUGGCCUUACCGAGAGGCCCUUCUGGGAAAUCCACGCUUCGGGUUUCCCAGCGAUACACGUUUCGGCAUGCUGUGUCGUGACAGUCGCGACUCCGACGCUAGGCCCAGUGGUCGUUUGCGUUGUUGGCUCUCGUCCGGAAAGCACGGCGCAGCUACUCUGUCGCCCUUGGCGGUAGAAGAGCUGUCCCUCUCAGAGCCCCGACUCUGGCUUGUGCACGACUUCUUGAGCCACGACGAAUGCGCAGCUCUGCGUCGGGAAGCUACCGAGCUGGAACCCGCUUUGGUGAACGAAGGGAAUGGGAGCGACAACCAGCCGGAUACCAGGACAGCGGCCCUCACCUGGCUCGAAAACGUUGGAAGCGCGCGUCGCAUUUACGAGCGUGCUGCUGUGCUCACCGGCCUUACUAUGGAAUCCGCCGAGAAACUACAGGUCCUCAACUACGCCGCCGGCGGACACUACAGCGAGCACAUUGAUCCCUUAGACAAAGCGCAAGAACAGGGUGAACGGCUGGCCACACUUCUGGUUUACUUGAGUGACGUGAAGCAGGGUGGUUCUACCGCCUUUCCGAAGGCCGAUCUCUCCAUCAGGCCUCGUCGCGGAUCGGCGCUCUUCUGGUUCAACCUGAAGCAAGACCCGCCGACGAGUGCUCGGCAGAUCGACCACAGCACCACGCACGGCUCCUGCCCCGUGCUGCGUGGAUCAAAGUGGAUCGCCACACUCUGGAUGCACGAGUGGUCGCAGCCCUGGGACCUUGACUAUUCGCUCUCGUAG